CCGCCGCCGGCCCCUCGCCGCCGCUGCCCUCCUGACCUUCCGUGCCAGCCGGGAGCGCGAAGCCCCAUCACCAUCCGAAGCACUCAAGCCCUAGGAUGUCGGCCUUGACUCUCUCCUCCCCCCAGCAAGUCCCCGACAUGGCGGCCAUCGGAGCCAAGCGAGCUCGCCGAGGAGAGCAACCGCGCGCACGCUUGAGCUCACGCAGCCGGGCUUGGCAGGUUGGUCGAUGAUGCGCUCUCGUCUUGCCCUGUGAUCCUACGCGUGAGCACGUCCGCGAAGAUGAUGGUCCCUUGCCCAAACAAAUCCCUGUGCUCUCGCCCUUUGUGCUAUCUGUACCUGACGGAGGAUGAUGCUACUGCAAUUUCGUUUCUGCUAACGUUUGCCUCAGAUCUUGCAGGUUCAUCACUCUUUGUACGAUUAUACCUACCAUUCAUCACUGCUAAUGCUGAGGCCGGAAUUAUUUCCUUAACCUAAAAAAAAAAUCUGUUUGUAAAAAAAAAGGACAGAUAACUCAUCUGUCAUCAACAUCGCAGAUUUGCGUGUUCUUAUUUCUUAACAGGUUAGACACCAGGAUAUGUACAUUUGUAUAGCCAAAUCCGUGGGAUUAGGGGAACAAUUCAGAAAAACGCGGUCACGCCUUUCUUGCAACUGACCUACCCAUAACAACCUUCACAGCAAUACAGGUGUGCUAAUGGAGUAAAACAUGGUUUGCUUUCAGUUAAUCCCACGGUUUCAGUGAACAAAUCUGCUUUACGGAUGAGGGUACAGGUAAUUCAGAGAAGAGAGACGCAGGUGGGGCUGUGAGUGACUAUAUAUACGGUACUCGCACUGGCAUUCAUGAUGCAACAGUCCUGCAAUAGAAAUGAUUCUUCAGUUAGCAAUAGCUUUCAGCUGAUUCACUUCUCCCCCUCUGCUGAAUCAUUACCGGAUUUCGUCACUGCCUUCAGAGGGGAGGUCACCUGGAAGCCAGAAAGAGCACAUGAACAGGUCCAUCGGGUCAGAUUGUACCCUUGCAUGAAUCAUCCUUCAUCCAUAGUCUGAAGUUUCUUGCAGCCUUUCUUCACACCAUGACAUCAACAGAUCCUAUCCUGAUUCCUGACUGUCCGUCGUUCAAAAAAAUAAAAAAUCCUGAUUCCUGACAGCAUGAAAGCGACACUCCUCGCGCAUGCUGCAACUGACGCUUACAUUUACAUGGUUUCUUGCUUCGAUGUGCCUGCAGCCACUCCUAGGACCAAGUGAUCACUGCUGCUCAGUGCUAUGGGAGGUGGAGAUCACCAGUGCAUGGCUGCCGCCGCGGCCGCGGCUGCCGGCGAUGGAGGCGCCAGCGUGGAGUCUGCGUUGAGGCCCCUUGUUGGUGCAGACGCCUGGGACUACUGCAUCUACUGGAGGCUCUCUCCUGACCAGAGGUUCUUGGAGAUGACUGGGUUCUGCUGCAGCAGCGAGUUUGAGGCACAGAUUUCUGCACUUGGUGAGCUGCCUUCAUCAAUCCCUCUGGAUUCCUCAUCUGCAGGGAUGCAUGCCGAGGCAAUGCUGUCCAACCAGCCGAUCUGGCAGACCAGCUGCGUGUCAGAGCUCCCAGCAAGUUACUCCAGUGAGCACACAUCCGGCGGCCCGAGGACACGGCUGCUGGUGCCGGUCGCCGGCGGCCUCGUCGAGCUCUUCGCCGCCAGAUAUAUGGCGGAGGAGGAGCAGAUGGCGGAGCUGGUCAUGGCGCAGUGCGGGGUGCCGGCGACGGCGGGCGACGGCGAGGGGAACGACGGCGGCGUCGUGCACGCGUGGCCGGAGGCGCCGGGCUUCGCGUGGGACGGCGCCGCGGCGGGCGCGGGCGCGGACCCGCAGCGGAUGUACGGGGCGGUGCCGUCGCUCAACCUGUUCGACGCCGCGGGCAACGUCUCGGCGGACCCGUUCCUGGCGGCGGCGCCCGGGGUGGUCGACGACGCGGCGGCGGCGGGGUGGCAGUACGCCACGGCGGCCGGGAGCGAGCCGUCGGUGGUGGCGGUGCAGCAGGAGCAGCCGCAUCAGCUGCACGGCGCCGCGCGCGCUGGAGGCGCGGACUCGGGGUCCGAAGGGAGCGACAUGCAGGGGGACCCCGAGGACGACGGCGACGGCGACGCGCAGGGGCGGGGCGGCGGAGGCAAGGGCGGCGGCAAGCGGCAGCAGUGCAAGAACCUGGUGGCGGAGCGGAGGCGGAGGAAGAAGCUCAACGACCGGCUCUACAAGCUCAGGUCGCUCGUCCCCAACAUCACCAAGAUGGACCGCGCGUCGAUUCUUGGGGACGCGAUCGACUACAUCGUGGGGCUGCAGAAUCAGGUGAAGGCGCUGCAGGACGAGCUGGAGGACCCGGCGGACGGCGCCCCCGACGUGCUCCUGGACCACCCGCCACCGGCGAGCCUGGUGGGGCUGGAGAACGACGACUCGCCGCGCACGAGCCUGCACCAGCCGGCGGCGCCGCUGGCCGGGAGCAAGAGGCCCCGGGCGGCGGAGGAGGAGAAGGCCGGGAGCAAGAGGCCCCGGGCUGCGGCGGAGGAGGAGAAGGGGCACGACAUGGAGCCGCAGGUGGAGGUGCGGCAGGUGGAGGCAAACGAGUUCUUCCUGCAGGUGCUGUGCGAGCACAAGCCCGGGCGCUUCGUCCGGCUCAUGGACGCCGUCAGCGCGCUGGGCCUCGAGGUCACCAACGUCAACGUCACCUCCUACAAGACCCUCGUCCUCAACGUCCUCCGCGUCGCCAAGCGGGACAACGAGGUGGCGGUGCAGGCGGACAGGGUGAGGGACUUGCUGCUGGAGGUGACGCGGGAGUCCUACGGCGUGUGGUCGUCGGCGCCGCCGGUGGGGAGCGGCGGCAUCGACGCCAAGCUCGACGGCAUCGAUGAGCAGGCGCAGGCCGCGGCAGAGGACCACUACGGCGGCUACAACCAUCUCCUCCAAUACCUCGCUUGAUCAUUUUUCUCUACCAAUCCAUUGUUCAUGUUCACCCAAGGGGAUCAAUCAAUAAACGGGCUCCGUAUAAUUAACACUGU